AUGACCUCAAAAUCGGUUUCUGAGAAGCAAAGCAUGCCGACAGGCACAGGAGGGGAGGAUCAAACACAGACCGGAUAUGCUCAAGAGGUUAAGCGAAACUUUUCACCCACAGCAAUCCUGGCAACAUGUGUAUCAUUGAUGGCAACCUGGGAAGCUCUGUGCAGUCACCCUACAGCAGGAGGCCAGUAUCACUUUGUCGCCUAUUUAAGCCCCGGGAGGAGAGGACCGGUCAACAGCUGGUUUGCAGGAUAUAUCACUACUCUAGGAUGGGUCGCGUUAGCCGGCAGCGCACCGUUCCUCGCCGGGACCCAAAUACAGGGCCUUCUCAUACUCAACUACCCCGACUCGUAUACUUCCGAGAGGUGGCAUGGGACUCUGCUCUACUGGGCUAUCUUAUUGGGAUCUGCGCUAGUAUGCAUUUUCUGCAGUAACAUUCUUCCGCUGCUGGAGAAGAUUACCAUGACGUUGCACGUCGGCUUCUAUCUGGUCAUCCUCAUCGUAAUGGCUGUGGUGUCGCCGACAAAGCACUCGGCUUCCUUCGUAUUCGCGACAUUCGAGAAUAAUUCGGGUUGGUCAAACGACGGUAUAGCAUGGUGUAUAGGCCUCUUGAGCUGCUGCUACGUUUUGGCGGGAUACGAUGGGGCCACCCAUCUCAGCGAAGAGAUGGAGAACGCGCAGGUCGGCGUGCCUCGAGCAAUGGUUGGCUGUGUGAUCAUUAACGGUGCUCUCGGCUUCACAUUCUUGAUCACGCUGUUGUUCUGCAUGGGCGACAUUGAAUCGGCACUCAACUCGACAACCGGGUUUCCCAUCAUCCAGAUUUUUUACAACAUCACUGGAUCUCUGGCGGCAGCCAAUGCACUUACGGCUGCGGUGACGAUCAUGGCCAUCGUAUCGACUAUUCCACUGAUAACUUCUGCUGCGCGUGUAAUGUGGGCUUUUGCAAGAGAUCAAGGACUCCCAUUCUCCCGAGUCCUGUCCAAGGUCGAGCGGAAACGCGGGAUCCCCACUAGUGCCAUUGUCGUCACAACCUGUCUACUCGUUCUCCUUGGACUCAUCAACAUCGGCUCCACAACGGCCUUCAAUGCCGUCCUCUCUCUCGCAGUUGUAAGCCUUCAAGCUUCAUAUCUAUUCCCGAUCAUCCUCGUGCUGUGGUGUAGAAUCUUCUGUCCGGAGACUCUGAUAUAG